AAGACAAACGCAAAAAGUUUUGAAUACGUUCGUUUCAGAAGUGGUGUGGCUGACUUUUAAUUAGCUUGUUUUUUGCAAUUAUAUGCUUAAUUUUGUAUAAUAUAGAAAAAUAUUUUACAAUUAUGACUCAAGAGUGUAUUGACUUGAAAGUUGUACUAGAAAUUCCAUGGGGUUUGAAUAAUACUCUUGAAAAUACUCCAGGAGAAUUUAAAGAACAACAAAACAAUGAUGGCGCGUUUCUUGAUGGAGGCUUGGGCACCAACGAAAAUAUUUAUUUUGUUAACGCGAAAAGAAAAGACGAGUCAAGACUUUUAACGGAAAACGAAGAAAAAAAUGGAUUCGCAAAAAGACGACAUCGCAGAGGAUCUCGCAAAAAUAAGCCAAGAAAACCACGACAAAGAUAUAAACCUUUUAACAAACUAACUUGGGAUGAAAAGCGACAGUUAGAUGAAAGAGACACUGUAAAAGCACUAAGACGGAGAGAAGAACUGGUCUUACAAAAAGGACGUCCGAUUGCGCCUUACAACACUACGCAGUUUUUAAUGGAAGAACAUAACCCUGGCGAAGAAAAUUUUCAAAAUCAAAAUACAACUUUACACCCUACUGCUGACUUAUCCGAAGAUUCUUGUAGUUCUUCAUCGAGCGAUGAAUAUUUUGUUAAAGACUUUGACGAAUUUUACGAGCGGGUACAUAUUGAUACUUUGAAUUCUUAUUCUAAAGAAGAUCUUAUAAAAUAUGUUUUUGAAUUGGAAGCGCGGAUUGAAAAAUUUGAAAGGGAAAACAAAAACAGUGAUAAUUUAAAAGAAGAAAACUAUAAACUACUCCAGGAAAUCAAAGAUUUAAAAGCUGAAAAAGCGAAAAACUAAAUAAGAUAUAUCAAGUGUAAAUAUUUUUCAUUUA